AAUAACCUUGAACUAGAUCUCCUAUUUGACUCGACAACCCUCAAAUCCUGUCUUCCCUGAACAUAAAAAAUGGGGAUUCACAAGUUUCUCUUAGCCAUUUACAUAUUAGGUUCAGCCCUGGCUCAUUUCUCACUAGCUCAGACCUCCCCCCAAGACUAUGUGGACGCCCACAAUGCUGCACGGGCACAGGUAGGAGUGCAGCCCAUCGCAUGGAAUGAGACAGUCGCAGCCUACGCCAGGAGAUAUGCUAGUAGCCGGGUUGCUGCGCAUUGCAGCUUGGAGAAUUCAGGAGGGCCGUACGGAGAGAACCUUGCUAAAGUGUAUGGUACUUCAGUGUCAGGUUCAGAUGCAGUCGAGUUUUGGGUAACUGAGAAGCCAAACUAUGACUACAACUCCAACUCAUGUGUUGGUGGAGAGUGCCUGCACUAUACCCAGAUUGUUUGGGGUGACUCACUUUAUCUUGGGUGUGCUAGCGUUCAUUGCAAAAAUGGGUGGUGGUUCAUCACCUGCAACUAUCAUCCUCCUGGAAAUAUGGAGGGGCAGCGUCCUUAUUAGUCUAUAGCUUUCAUGCAUGCUUAUUGCUUUUCAUCAAUUAAUAAAAUAAAUAUAAAGCUCUUCAUUCUCUUUUCUAAUAUUUGGGAAUACAACUUCAUAUAGAUGGGAAACGAUUGAACACACAAAGGGUAUGUAUU